AUGGACAGCAAAGAGCCCCGCAUGCCCCCUCUCUACUGGCGCUUCGAGGAUCUCAACCACCGCGUGCUGCUGCACCUCCAGGAUGAAAUCUCCCACCUGGAAGAGGACCUUCGCGUACUGGACGAGUACGAUGAGAUGCACCGUGUGUCCACCGCGGAACAGGAAGGCUCAAAGAAGAUGCCCGCCUCGCGACGCAUGGAUGUACAAGCGCAGGUCUACUCGUCCCUUCACUACCGCCGCGAAGAGGUCAUGGGCCAGCUGACCCACAAAAUCGAGCAGUACAACAACGCCCUCAGCGCAUAUAGCAAGGUCCUCCAGACGCUCCCCAGCGCCGCCGAAGAGGACGUCGCAACCUACCGCUCCUGGAUGCGGAAACACACCCCCAUUAUCGCGGCAGAAACGCGCUUCCUGGACUACGCGACGGACCUCGUUUCGCUCACGCCCCGCACUGCGGCUGCGGCCCCGUCGGCGAUGACCCCCGUGUACUCUGCGAUCGUCAUCGCUUCCGCCGCCAUCCUUCUCCCGCUGCUGGCCUUUAGCAUGAUCGCCGAGUUCUCCGGCCGUCUGCUCGUCGUGGCGGUUGUUGGCGGUGCAGCCGCCGCCAUUGCGUCGAACUAUUCGACCGGUGCGGACGGUCUGGUCGGGUCGCAGGACGGGUGGAGAUGUGCUACCUUGUAG